UUGAAUGAAUGAACUGUGAGGAAAUGACUGAGGAAAAUACUUAAAAGAGUUAACUUGCUUUAUUGUGUCAUGCAAUAGAGUAAAUACCAAUAACAAUAUCUUCAGAUUCCUUGCAUUCUUUUUCAAUCAACAAUGUAAGAUAAGAAAGGCUAGACAGAGAUUUAACCCCAAAAUGUUUCUUAUCGUUGGUCCACAUUUGUUGCUAUAAGCAUUUGAGCGCUUGUGUGUUUUGUCUACGAUGAUCGGCUUUAUCCGUACGGGGCGUGGACGCGUCCUGCCAUGAGCGCGCAGUGCGCGGACAGCUAGGGCAACAGAGAGGACUCUGCGCCUGGCUGACUCCAAAAACAAAAAUGGGCAUUGAAAAGGAAAAGUCGGAGACCAGUGUCAUUAUGGAUGAGGACGAAUUCAAAAGAUCGAUUGAAACUAUACUUGGAAAGAAUCCGAACAUGUACACACCAGUACCGGAUAGAGACCCUAAAGAUAUUAACGCACACCUAAAGGUUGGCUUUGAAGACGUCAUUGCUGAGCCCAUCUCCAUGCACAGUUUUGACAGUGUGUGGAUUGGCAGUCAUGCCGUGUUUGAGCUGAUGAAAUAUGUCUUCUACCGGAUCCUCACCACGUUUCUGGCCGUUCCUAUGGCAUUUGUUGCAGGAAUUGUUUUCGGGAUUCUCAGUUGUGUACAUAUUUGGGUAGUGAUGCCAGUGGUCCAGGGUUGCAUGAAGUCUUUGCCCCCCAUCCAGGUGAUAUGGACCAGUUUGAUGGACAUAUUUAUAGGGCCACUUUUCUUCUGCAUCGGAAGAUGCUUGUCAUCCAUCAAUGUCAAGACUGUGCAAAACUGAGAUGUUUUGAUGUAUGUUAGAACACUCUACACUGAAGUGUUAUAUGGUAACAGCAAAUGACCAUUGUGCUUUAAAGCCAGAGCUGGGUUAUGCAAAAGUCCUGACCUAUCAAUCACACCUGAUACCUGAUGUGACUCUCUUCAUCUGAAUUUUUUUUAUUUUUUUUUAUUGAUGGUGAUUAACUGAAGGAUUGUCUAUCCUUGACUUCCAAAACACGGAGAAGGAAAGAAUUUCAUUACACAGUUGCAAUAUUCAUUCCGUUGUUUAGCCAUUGAUGCAUAAAACACCUAAUGGGUGGUGUCAGUGUGAAUAUGUUUUCAGAGUACUGUUAGGUAAGUGUAAUUAAGCUUUUUUUUAAUAUAUAAAGAGAUUUUUACAUUAAGAUUAAGAUAUUGUGCUAUUGCAAUAAGUGCAUGAUGUGCUAAAGAGUAGCAACAAUGAUAUAAAAAAAAUUAUGCAGCUACUUCCAAUAGUGCUGUAGUGGUUCUAAGUUAAUAUUUAUAUUGUUCAGAUGACAGGUUUUAUAUCAAAAUAAGAUGAUGCAGUUGUGAUUUCUAUGAUAUCAGCAGGGCUACUUUGAUCUCACAAUAUAUAACUGUACAUGCUAUUUAUGAUUUUCAGGUACAUGCCUGUAAAAGAGUCCAUUCUGCACAAAUGCAGCACACUCUCUAUGUGUUUUCUUCUAUAAUAAAGAUUCAGAUUUCUUUUUAUAAUUAUGUAUAUAAUAUAAACCAUUAAAAAUGGGGAUUUGCUUGCCUGCAAAGUUGCUUGCAUGCUGUUUGCCAUUGAUUGUGCUUUGUUAGUGGCUCUACCGGUUAAAUGGAAUAUUUGAGUGUACAGUGGAACAUUAGAAGCUCAGGUGCCAUUUCCUCACCUCUUCUGAAUGAUGUCAUGCAAACAUGCUGAACACAACUCAGCUUAUAAAAGACCAGAAAUAAAUGCCUCUAAGUUCACCAAAUAAAAAUAUUUUGAGGUUAAAGAUGUGUUUUUCCUUUUUGAAAAUGAUGGACUUUGGGUUUUUUCUUUGCUUAGACAUCAUACCAUGGAGAUCAUGGCACAAGCUGUGCUGUUAAAGUGCAAGAUUUAACGUCCCGUUUGUGCAAUGAGAAAACCUUCAGGUGAAAUGUUGAACACAGCAGUUCUGCCUGAGGCUGACUGUUUACCCACCCCAUUAAUUUUUUUUUUUUUUUUUUUAAUUAAAAAACAAGCACGUUCCUGUAGAAGGGUUUGGCCCAAGGCCUGCAUGCUCCUUAGCUCUUGACAGCUGAUUUUUUAUUAAGUGUCUACUUUUGUAUUCUGAUUCUUUUGUAAAGUAUGUUUAGGUUUACACUGUAAACGCUACUGUUGUAAUUAGUAGAAAAGGUCAAUUGUCUUAAUUAAACAUUAUUUGAAAUGUCAA